AUGUUUACUCAGCCAGUUGUUUCAACGCCCACGGGGCCUUCGCAGUCCUCGUCCACUUCAACUUCGAGACCCAGCCGUCUUAGAGGUCUCAGUUAUUUGCGCAACUAUACACAAAACCAUAUUCUUUCCCGCGACAGCCAUCACAACUCUUCAUCAGGCUCUGGACCUGGCACCGGAACAGCGAGCGCACGCAGCACGUCCCCCAACCGACACGGCUCUAGCCUCACGCGAUCUCUCAGCCAUUCGCCUACUACGAGUGGACCAUCCACCACUGGAGCCCAGAACCAAAACGCCAACCACUUGACCCUCGUCAGUUCAACACCCGAUCCCGUGAGGAAUUUGGCAUCAGCGGUCACCACAACUUCGAUACCUGCGCUGCCACCUACUUCUGUCCCUGUUCCUGCUCCCGUCGCCAACGACUCUCCUUACGCAUCUUCUACUGCGCCUGCUUCUGGCCCUUUGGCUUCUUCCGACGUCGACGACCCCACCAACCCUGCGCCUGAAUCCUCGACCGCAGCAGCAGAUACUCAAACUGCAACCGCCGACAUGAUCCAAGAUCAGCCUACCACGAGGUCGCGGUCCGGCACCACGGGCGAAGGGGGCACAUCCACCCCUGAGACUACUCCGUCAAUUCGAUUCUCGGCCUACUACGACCCGCGAUCUACACGUCCGUCCCUGACGUUUCCCCCCAUUUCCAGGACUUUGCCUACGGGAUCCGAGAAGAUUCGCGUUGGUCGCUAUUCGGAGCGAGACAGCCACUCCAUGUCUAACAUGCCUGGUAAUCAGCCGUCAGCCGCCCCCGUCGGUUUCAAGAGUAAGGUCGUCAGUCGUCGACACUGCGAGUUCUGGUACGAGGAUGGAAAAUGGUACAUCAAGGACGUCAAAAGUUCUUCCGGCACGUUUUUGAACCAUAUUCGUUUGAGCCCGCCUUCGCAAGAAAGUAAAGCUUUCCCGGUCAACGAUGGCGACAUCGUGCAGCUCGGAAUUGACUUCAAGGGGGGAGAGGAAAUGAUCUUUCGAUGCGUCAAGAUGCGCCUCGAGCUGAACCGUGGUUGGCAAAACAAGCUCAACACUUUUAACAUGGCUGCGCAUAAGCGGUUGCAGACAAUGGCUUCUAGUGGAGCAGCAGCAGGUACUAACUCUCAAGACUGCUCCAUCUGCUUGAGCUCUAUUGCCCCCUGUCAAUCUCUAUUCGUGGCACCCUGUUCGCACACAUGGCAUUUCAAGUGUGUGAGAUCAUUACUCAACUCUCCCCAGUACCCCAUUUUCAUCUGCCCCAACUGUCGUGCUGGCGCCGACUUAGAAGCUGAUGUCGAUGAGCUGGCCGAAGAGUGGCAACAAAUGAAGAACGAAGCUGAGGCAGAAGCCUCAACACCAGCACAGAUCGACACCGAGCCGGAAACAGAACCAGAGCCAGAGCCAGCCGCCCCCGUAGUUAGUUCUGGAACAUCGACACCCGAGCGAUCAAAUACUGUUGACAGCGAUCACAUGGAUGUCACUGUCAGCAUUACGCCCGAAACGCCCCAACGAAACGAAGUUAAUCAUGCCAUCUCCGAGCCAUUGCCUAUCAGAGCGGUCUCAGGUGCGCGAAGAUCAAACCAGCUCGGCGAUAGUCGAACGCCAUCUCCCCCAGGCGGCAACGAGGGACCAAUCACCCCACGAAAUAAUGUUGGACCUUGGGUUUUUGACGGCAGCGCCGGCAGUACAGUGAGCGCCACAGAAGGCGAAAUGACCAGCAUAGAUGCCGCAGCACAACCGGACACAAAUGAGAACAACGCGACAGUUCGUCAAUGA